AUGUGUUCUGUAACAUUACAAUUUGUAAGCCAUAGUUUUUUGGACUACCAUGAUCCAACAAUUGAAGAUUCUUAUCAGCAACAGGCUGUUAUUGAUGGAGAAGCCGCUCUUCUAGAUAUUCUAGACACUGCUGGCCAGGUUGAGUUUACUGCAAUGCGUGAUCAGUAUAUGCGAUGUGGUGAAGGUUUCAUCAUAUGUUAUUCUGUAACAGAUCGUCACAGUUUUCAAGAGGCUACGGAGUAUCGAAAAUUGAUACAACGGGUACGACUCUCCGAAGAUAUACCAUUAGUUUUGAUUGCAAAUAAACUUGAUUUGGAAUCUCAGCGUAAAGUGACUACAGAGGAAGGCAAAAAUCUGGCAAACCAAUAUGGUUGCCCAUUUUUCGAGACAUCAGCUGCUCUUCGACAUUAUAUUGAUGAAGCCUUCUACACGCUAGUACGUGAAAUAAGACGUAAAGAACAACAGAGGGCACUUGGUAAUGGCACAAGUUCCGAAAAACUAAACUCGCGACGACGCAGCCGUUGGUGGCGUAUACGCUCUAUUUUUGCAUUAGUAUUCCGACGGCGCAGAAAUUUGAACUAAAAAAACUAAACUAAAAUUAUAUUUAUUUAAUAUAAAUUUAUGUAUAUGUUGGUAUAUAGUUUAAGACUUCAACAAUGCAACAAGUAUAGUUUAGAAAAGUGUUAUUUAUAAUUAUAAUUUUUGCUUUGACUAUCUUAAAUUUUGUUAAACAGGGUAAUAACUAUUUGAAAAUACUUCAAGCUUUAGCACAUACUAUAUAUAAAACUUAUUACUGAGAAAACAAGAACAGUUCCCAACAACAAAUUAA